CUCGUUCUACCCUGGAGAAGCUGAUCUGUCUUUGUCACGUCUCCUGCUUUAGCAGAUAUUUCUGAUAUUUCAUCAUCACUUCCUUCUUCUGCCUCAAACACUUAAUUUUCUGCUUAAUACUCUCUCCAAAGGCCAAAUAUCGUUUCAACUUCUGAAAGACUACCGUGGUAACCAGCCAAUCAGUGUGUGCUUCCUUGUUCUAGCAGUCUGUGGGAUGUGAAAGAGUUUCACUGCUUGUUGCUGCUUGUUAUUGUUGUAGAGAUGGAGAUAACAGAACACUCAAACUGCUGAAAGUUCGAAAGGCUAAAAGGACUCUCCCUAUCAUUAGUAAUGCCUUCAACACUAGGGGCCCUAUCUUACACCAUUCACAAGGAAUAUUCCACACAUCACUUUUGCCGUUGCACUGCAGCUGAAUGAUACAUCCACAAUGUUAAACACAGCAUGGAAGGAGGACGUGACAUCACCUUCUGCUGGGCUUCCACAGACCCAAGUCCCUGGCAGCGUUGUUACCCUUCUGCCAGUAUUAGAGGAUAUUUUUAUGGACAAAAGCCAGCAGACUUUGUCAAAUUUCUACAAAGGAUCGCCACCCAAAUGGAUCAACUAUUUCAUUGCUGAGGAGCAAAACACACUGUUAGUCAGAAGGAAAGGCUACGAUGAAAUAAUAAAACAGAUAAGGAAAUGCCAAAUAACGAAUCGAACAGUGUCCAGCAUUCAUCUUUUCCACCACCCAGGAAGUGGAGGUUCUACACUGGCCAUGCAGGUCCUCUGGGAUUUGAGGAAGGACUUCAAGUGUGCCAUCAUAAAGCAAAGCAACGAAGAACCAGCGCUCAUAGCAGAGCACAUCAUUCAACUUUCUGAUAACCAGGAUUUGGAUGACAAAAGAACCCUUCUACUACUGGAUGACAAUUCCAGCGAAGGAAAUUUGAUAGAAAGUCUCAACACGCAAAUUGUUGAGAAAAGAAUCAGUGCCUCAGUUCCUGUUGCCAUUAUUCUGAACACAAAGCGAAAGCACACCAUCAUGGCGGAUGGCCCUCUAAACCUGAAAAACAGGCUAUCUUCCAAAGAGCUGCACGACUUUGAAUUAAAAGAAGCAGAGAUUAAAAUGAAGCACAGUGAAGAAGAAAUGAAGCAGUUCCAUGGAUUCAAUCUGAUGAGGAACAACUUCAGUAGGAGGUAUGUAGCUAAUCUCAGCUCAGUCAAAGAAAUCGUGGAAUACGCUAGAAGACACGAAACUGCUUGCAGCACUGAACUUUUCUCAGUUUUGGCACUUUUAAAUUCAUAUGUCCCGGGGUCUUUUCUCCCAAUUUCACGAUGUCUGGAUUUUUUAACACCUCAGCAUUCCCAACACUCAAUCUCGCAACAACAAGACAACAACAUGUUCAAGAUGGCAACUCUGCUAGAUCCUGUUGAAACAGUUCCUGGAGAAAACAUCACUGAGAAGAUGCAGUUUGAAAAAGACAUGGAACCGUUUAUGGAUCUCAUAGUUAUAUUUCCAAGAGAUGAAAUGAAGAGUGAGUGUGUUCGGCUAGCACACCCAAUGAUUGCUAAUGAGUGCCUAAAUGCCCUGGCUGAGGCUGGCAUUACCACAGGAGAAAUUGCCAAAAGAUUCCUUGAGUCCUGCAAACCAAACGAGCCACCUUAUAUGGUGAAAAUAAUCAAAAGCUUGUUAACAAAGAGAGAAACUGUGGAAGAGAACCAAGAGAUGUUCUCCAGGCUCAUUUUAGACAUACACGAUGAAGGUGAUCUCAGUAUGUGUAAGGAAUUGUUUGAAAUUGCGACAAACACAUUCAAACAAGAUGCCUUCUUCCCACAAGCCUUUGCUCGUUUUCUCUACAUCGUGCUUUGCGACUAUGAUGAGGCUGAGAAUCAGGCAUGUGUUGCCAUUGCUCGUGAUCCUGAGAACUCUUUCCUCAUUGACACUCUUGGACAAAUCCACAAAAAUCAUUUACGGACGUUAACAAGAACUGGAGCACCUGCUUUUCAGAUUUUAAAAGUAGCAGAUUUAGCCAUAAAGGUGUUCAGAGAGGAAGAAAAAGCAGCUGAAAAUGAGCAAGAUCCAAACUCAUUUAUUGCUCAAACCAAGAAAAUAUCACAUGCCUUUAACUGCAGAGGGCUUUUAGGUAAUAUUCAAGUAGCCAACAUUAUUUUUGACGCUCUGACAUCUCUCAACCGAGCUUUGGGAGACGUUCUCACUGGGAAAACAUCAGUUAGGGCACUACCAGCAGCAAAGAACAUCCAGCAGUAUGAAGACCUGAUUGAAAGCCUUCAGAAUAAGGUACGAAAAAAACACAAGUUUUUUGAGACCUACUUGACCUACUCCAAACCCAGCCGACACAAAUCUGAACGAGUGAGUGUCCAAAGGGAUGUUGAUGUGUGUUAUAGCAAGUAUCUGCUCAAGCACUCAAACCGCGGUGCUUCGUCUUAUAAUGUGCUGGAUCGAAGCUUUGCUGGGCUUUUCUCGUGUCUUGAGCGAAACUAUUGUAGCAGUUUUCUCGAGAAGCUCACAGAGCACACCAAGAACAUAUAUAAAGAGAGAAAGUUUGAUGUGGACGCUGCUAUGAAGUACAUUCUUUCAAUCAUCAUCCUCAGCAACAAGGACGAGACCUCCAGAGUACUGCAGACGCUGACAGAUCUCAGAGACAUUCUGUGGGGAUUUGUAGAGAAGCGAAAUAUUUACCAAAGCCCAGAAUUCUUCCUCCUCGUCCUGCUGAUGUUCUGGCCAGAAGAGAACCAUGAUCAACCAACGCCCUUCCAACUGGACUUGAGUAACACUGUUGAGAAUGUGAAGGCAGCCUUUGAUCAAAAGUACCUAAAGCACUUCCGUUCGCGGUACCUGAGGCCUCUCUUUUUUCUUGGGCAGGGAACAGGUUUGAAGAGGCUUGUUCACAGCUGGAAAAUUUACCAUACAAUCCAUACAGAGGACAGAACAGUUCCUGUGCAGAAGCGUGAAACAUGGGCCACUCUGGACUGGGGAAAUGGAAGAAUGUGGCAGGACGGUUGCAUCCAGAAUCUGCUAGUUCGUGUUAAUGGAGUUUUCAAGAAACAGCAGCUGUUUGCGUACGCUGGAGACAAACAGAUCCCUGUCUAUACAGAUCAGUCCUUUGUGUCAUGCGAGGGUCCUGCUUCUUUUUUCCUUGGCUUUACUAUUAAAGGACCCGUGGCUUACGACAUCAAGUUUGACAGUGAAGAAACACACAAGGACAAAUGCAUGGAAUCCCAAGAUCACUACAAACCACACCCAACUUGCUACAGCUGUGCUGAUUUUAAGGAUUUGACUAAUUGGAAGCAGCUUUAUCCUGAGGUCCUGAAUGAAGAAGAGGAAUUAUCAGAGAGCAAAAGUGAGAGACUGGAGUGCUACAGGGUCAGCUCACCUGCUGGGAGUUACGAGUGUUUGGUAUCUGGUCUCCGCUGGGUCUGUGAUGGUGCUGUUAGCCUGAAGUAUCAUUUCGCUGACUGGGAACCAUAUAGAGAAGACCUCAAAAGGAUGCAGUUUGAACCUUGUGGUCCUUUAAUGGACAUCACCGUCACGUCUGGUGUUCUUACUGAAGUUCAUCUACCACAUUUCGCCUGUUUAGGGGAAGUCGUAGGAUGGAGCUCCUCCCUGAAUGAUGAGGUCAGAGUUCUGGACGUGCAGGACGGUGGAAUGCUCUUGGAGAAGUGUGAGCUGACUCGCUUCCAUGCCAAGCUCCUCCACCCCACCUUCUCACCUAAAGGCCUGCUGAUCAAAACUGGAUUCCCUCUGAAAGUUCACUGUGAGGUGCUGAUCUAUCAAACCCUGACCGCUCACCUGACCCUCCAUGUUUAUUUGGUGAUCUGUGAUCAAAGAAAAAUGCAGGAGGUGGACAGGCAGGAGAAAGAUGCUGUAAAAAUCUCUAAACCAGCACCAAGAGAACGCCUGCAGAUGAAGAGCUGGUACACAAUCGAGACAAAAAAGGGAAAAGAUGACUUUUCUUCCAAGAUAAAUCCUGAGAGUGUGAAGCUGAGACACUCUCCCAUUAAGUACUGUGAGAUAUACGUGAAAAACGCAGAAGAUGACUUUGAAUUGCAUUUGAUAAACGAGAAGAACGACAGAGUAUGGGCUGCAGAAAUCCGAGCAGAUGAAUAUGGGCAGACUUCUAGUUUGCCUGCUGGGAAACAAUCUCCUCAAUAUGCGGUUCAGUUUGUGAACACACACAGGACUGCACUUAUUCAGCAGGUCUCUUUGGUGACCCCUAUUGCAGAUGACCUGAAGGACUUGAUUGGAAACGAGAAGUACAGCAGCAUCAUAGCAUGCAAAACAGCACAGGAUCAGAUGAGGAAGCUGUACUCUUUCCUGUCUGGAGGAUUCAGGAAACGGCUUCGGCUUUACGAGAGUCUUCAGAAACAUGAGCCUGACCUGGUCGAGGAGCUGACUUUCAGUCAAGACUGUUAAAAAACAAGAUAAAUGAAGUACUUUGAUUAAUUUUCUCUGGACAUUUCCUGUACAUAAGUAAUGAACUUGCAAAUGACUUGCAUGUGGGUGACUCCCCCUGGUGGAGAAUCAUCAGUUUGUAAUUUGGUACAAUAUUUGGGAUGAUACUCUGAUCGUUAUUGCCUAUGGCUGCUUCAAAAUUGUGUAUACCACACUAAUAAUAUAAGGUACACUGCUCAUGUCAGACUGUGACUACUGUACAAAAAAACAACAACAAUAUCAAAAGAUGGACUUCAUCCAUCUGUGUGUGUGUGUGUGUGUGUGCAUGUGUGUGUUUGUGUGUAAUUUGGGCAAUAACAACUGUGUUUACCGGCCUGACCAAACCACCACCAUGGAGAGUGUCUUCUGUUUAUUGCUAAUAUUAAGAAGUGCAGUAUGGUUUUGCAAAUGGAAAACAGAGUGGAGAAUAGUAAUUUUAGUACAUUUCAGUUAUUUUCUGUUUCUUUGCCAGGGUUUUAGUCAGUGGCUAACACUGACAUCAAGUGGGAGUAAGUGGAAUAGCAGACCUGAGACAUUAUCAGAAUAUUGUGCCUUGUGGCCCUUACAAAUAUAAAAAAUAUUGACUUAAAGAAAAUUAGCAUGCAAUGAAAACGAGGUAGAUCUAGAGGUGCAGCAAACGAUUUUAAUUGUUCACAGUGAUAUUGUUAAUUUUAAUUGCCACGAUAUUUGACCAAAUUGUGCCAUGACAAGAUGCAAGGUAAGUAUGGAGUCAAUCUGACAAAUAUUAGGUGAGUUAAAUUGUAUUCAUUACUAAACAUUCAGUAAGUGUCUUCAGUCACUUAAAAAUAAAACAGUGUGAAGGUUGCGA